AUGUCUGCCGAUGCUCAGACUACUGCUUCACGGCUUGUAGAUGAAGACGUAUCUAAUAGCCUUGACGACGAGAUCGCUGCGAUCCGUGCUGAGAUCCGCAAUCUCACCAAUCGAAGGCAGUUCCUUUCAUCAAGUCUCCUGUGUACAAAUGUCGUUCAAGAUGCGUUUCGCCAACAUGUCCCGUCCGGACUGGAAAAGGAUAUCGAACCCAUCAUCCUAAACAAUGAAAAGCACAACCAAGUCAAUCACCAUCGCAUUGCAUUCUCCGCAACAUCUUUUCCCUUCAAGGACCCUUCUCCCCACUCAAAGUCGCCAAAUUUACUAGGCAUUCGAAUUGACAUCUGCACGCGUCAUGGAACGUUUGUUAAGCCGUACUAUUUGCUCUUGAGACGCGUUGGUGGGCAAGAUAAGAAAUUUCUCCAGGUAUAUCGCCAUACCAUACCUAUAUUUAUCCCCUUGGAUCAACUGGAGCAACGAUACCUUGCUGUGCCUCGUGGGGAUAGUGAAUUGGGGAAAACGCCCAAGCAACGCUUGCCUAGGCUGGUGCGGGAAUUAAGGAGGGAGCUGGUCGCGUGGCAUUUGCGUUGUGAUGCGCUCGGAUGGCUGCAGGAGGAGCUUGGAAUUUCCAGCCAGAAUGGGAAGCAUGGGGUUCCGUCUUCUCCACACCAUCCUUCUGAUGAUCGACCGCCUAAAAAUGGGCUGGGAAUCGUGUCCGUUGCUGCAACUGCCCUGGACACGAGAUACAUUCGGUUAGAAUGGCAGGAUGGUCGUGUCGGUCGGAUAAAGCUUUCCAAUGAAGGUCUUGUGGAAAGAGCUAUUGUUAUUGGCGAUGAAGGAAGAGAUAAGACAAUAGAAAACUUGUUCACAGGAGGGAAUGGGAGGAUCGAGAGUGUCAUUACAAGGUUACGCGGCUUCUCAGAGUCUGGCUGA